GUUUGACAACUACUCUGCCAAUGUGAUGGUAGAUGGGAAACCAGUGAAUCUGGGACUGUGGGAUACUGCAGGACAGGAGGACUACGACAGGCUCAGACCACUGUCCUAUCCACAGACGGUAACACCCACACACAACCACACACGCACUCCCAUCUCUCAUACAGUAUCACUCAUACACAUUCCACGUCCUCCAUCUUGUGUCUUCCUGGGUCUGCCUAAUUCAUUCUCCACACAGUUUCCUGUUAUUCCACUGUGUUGUCCUCAUUACCUCCCCAGCAGCGGCUCCGUCUGACACACAGCUCCCUGCCUGCCUGCUGAUUCACAGGAAAUGAUUAGGGGGGCUAUUUUAGCGUUCCACCCAUCCAGCCAGAAAGGGGGGAUAGUAAUCUAAUAGUCACACCAGUGACAGGCCAACCACCAGGAUUACUGAGUGGUGUUGUUAUAACACACUUUAAUACGACUAGGUGAAAAAUCUGUCAAUGUGCCCUUGAGCAAGGCACUUAACCCUAAUUGCUCCUGUAAGUCCCUCUGUAAGGCGUCUGCUAAAUGACUAAAUGUAAAGUAAGUAAAUGUAAUACAUCCUGUCUGCAUCCUGUCCAGAGCACCCCGCAACGACCCGUGUUGUAUUGUGAGGCCCCAGCUCCAGACUCCUCCAGACCUGUAAGGUUACUGUACCUGCUCUGAAGGCCAACAGACCCUGUAGUGGCUAAAUGUUCCAAUGUAAUUGUCCCAAUACAAUUUCCCAUUCUAAUCAUUUAGCCACAAUGAAGAGGGGUGAAAUCUUAGUCUUGACGCAUACAAAUCCAAUGUCCAGAGUUUGAUUCAAGUUGAAAAAUAAUAACACAUUUAUUUGUCAUUCUUCUGGAUACAUAAAUGCAUUUAUUCUGAUCAAAAACAAACAGCAUGGUCUGGUAUGGUCAAAAGACUGUGUGCUGCCAUUCCAGUCACUCCCAUUAUGCCUUGGAGCAUGUAUGCCUUUUAACUGUAUUCUCCAUUGGCCUGUAGAGGGGGUACACACGCUUGACAGGGGAUUAAUGGCAAACACACAUACAACAGAAAUGCAUCAUGAAUUGGAAACAUGCAAAUAUACAAUAUUACCUAUUUGGCUCCUACAUAACCUUUAGUCUCUUCAACUGCUGUCCUUUCUGUACAGAGCCUAGAGAGUCACUGAGUCACAGAAAUCACAACGCAUUUUCUUCAUGCAGUGUUUCUUGUUUAAUGAGCCUGUUUAAUACAUGUCUGUUUCUGUGUAUUGUCCCUACAGGACGUGUUCUUGACAUGUUUCUCUCUGGUGAGUCCUGCCUCCUUUGAGAACGUCAGAGCUAAGGUGAGUGUCUUUAUCACCCUACUAAAUAAUAAUAAUGGUAAUAUCACUAAUAUUGUCAGCAUCACAUUGUACAGUAUACAUCUGUUCAUUCAUGUCGCUGUUUGGGCUAACUCCACAACCUCUGUCCGCAUGUUGGCCUUUUAAGACCUUACGACCUUAUGGCCCUUCGACCUUAAUGGUCUUAACCCUCUGACCUCUCUGUGACCUUUAACAGUGGUACCCGGAAGUGCGCCACCACUGCCCCAACACCCCCAUCAUCCUGGUGGGCACCAAGCUGGACCUGAGGGACGACAAGGACACCGUGGAGAGGCUGAGGGACAAGAAGUUGUCCCCCAUCACCUACCCUCAGGGCCUGGCCAUGGCACGGGAGAUAGGUGGGUGUCUGUGGAGGGGGGGUGGAAGGGGGGUGGUGUGUUUUAGUUUGAGAAAGAGCGAGGAUGUAGUGUGUCUGAAUGUUAUUCUGCCAGCUUCUUUGAGCUCUAGUGUUCAUCUGUGGCUGAACUCACCUAUUUUUGAGUCCAGGUUUCUGACUGACCAAUUGAAUGUGUGUUCGUCCUCAUCCCCUUCUCUGAUUGGCUGUCUCCUGUCCCCCACAGGUGCGGUGAAGUACCUGGAGUGCUCAGCCCUGACCCAGAGGGGGCUGAAGACCGUUUUCGACGAGGCCAUCCGGGCCGUCCUGUGCCCGCCGCCCAUCAAAAAGAGGCGCAAGAAGUGCACCCUCUUC